UACUUUACAUUGUUACAAGCAAAUCUCUGUCUUUUUGAUAACGUCGUACUUUUUCUUAACUUCGCUUCAUCUCUUUACCAUAAAGCUCAGUUUUAAGGGGGGAGAUGUUAUAUCCUAAUUUAAUACUAAAGAAUUGCAACAUCGACAAUAUUCAUUUUCACAAGGAACUUCAACGUAAACAAAUUCAUUUUAAUAAAACUCUUUUGCAUCGAUACGAUAGUCAGUCAGCCUUUAACCGCGCGCGAAUAGAGUCGUCAGAAAUCAGAGAAUUGCUUCAUAUAAUUCUUUGUACUUUCUAUAAUAAAGUGUUUUUAUCGUAGUUAAUUAAAAAGUGUUUUUUUAAAAAAGACUGAUACCAGCCGCUCCUAACAGUUCGUCGGUUGAUAAAUGGGCAUAGCGAAAAUAAUCCAGCGAGACUUCUUUCCUGACUUAGAAAAACUAAAAGCACAGAAUGAGUAUCUAGAGGCUAGUGAGAAUAAAGAUUAUGCGAGGCUGAGGGAGAUCACUAGGAAGUACAGUGGAAACAGACCCCCAACUGAACCUUACAAUACCCCUGCAACAUUUGACACUCCGGAACUGGGCCGGCCAUUCUCCCCGGCCCCGCCAACAACGAGGGAGGAUAGAGCAGAGUCUGUGGCUGACUCUAACACAGACAAACCCAAAGACAUCAUUGAUAAUCAUUCCCUAGAUUCAUUCCUAGCCAGCCAUACGAGCGAAGACAAUGCAAGCUACGACCGCAUCAUCGCCUUGGAAGACAAGAAGCGCGCCACCAAGCUUGCCGCGCAGUUCGAGGCCGAGAGGAGCUCGGCCGCGCUGGCCGACGCCGCGCUCGUGCUGCCCUCUAUUGAGCAGCAGGCUGACCAGACUAACAGGCCGGAGGAGCUGGACACGUGGCGCUACACGGCCCGCAACCACAUAAUGUACGUGCCGGGCGGCGCGCGCCAGGCGGCGGCGGCGCGGCCCGCGCUGCAGCACGCCAACACGCGCCUGCGCGCGCCGCCCUUCGACCACGCGCGCAGCCAGCAGGCCAUCAGCGCGCUGGCCAGGAACCAGGAUGCAACAGUAUCAGGCAAGAUCGGCGUGGACGGCAUGAGCAUCCUCCUGGAGAAGCCAGCGGGCGCGGAGUACAGCCUCGUGGCGACCCCGUCCCCGCGGCCCGGCAGCGACGCGGACCAGUCCCCGCUCAUGACCUGGGGUCACAUCGAGGGCACGCCCUUCCGCCUCGACGGGGGAGACACGCCGUUACCCGCCGCGGGCGCAGGCGCGGCGUACCGCAUGCUGGAGGCGGGCGCGCGCGAGCGGCUGGCGCUGCAGCUGGCCGAGGGCGCUGCGCGCAGGAGGCGCCCCGCCACGCCGCGAGCCUCGCCCGCCACGCCCGCUUUCAGAACGAACACAGAGCGGUUAGCAAGCAUGUCUCCCGCAGCAAGGAAGCUCGCCGCAAAACACCUACUAUCACCUCGCUUGAAGCUGACUCCAAACGACAUGGGAAUAUUCCACCCAGCCACUCCCAAACGCACACCAACUCCGCAAAGAAAGCUCAUCGCCACUCCCAAGAAACUGGCAACACCGACGAGGAGUGUUGCCAAUAGUGAAAAUAGCUCAGAAAAUAAUAAUCUUACGGAUAAUCUCUUGCAAAUCAAUGUUGCGAAACGAACGCGGUUAAAAGCGUCCGAUUUUUUCAAAUAACUUAUAGAAUAGUUCAAUACGAACCUUUGUGUAUUAUAGAAUGGAAGCCAAGGCGAAAUAUUACAGUUGAAGUACUUAUGGGCUUGAUUUUUUUGUAUGAAAUGUGAUCUUACGGCAUAUAAAUCGCGUGAAUUUAUAAAUUGAGAAUAUUGAUUUGUAAUAUUUCUUUACGGUAUUCAGAAAGAAAUAUCAGAUAUAUGCAAGUUUAUAACUUAAAUAAUAUGGAAUGAUGAUUCCGAUUAAAAAUACGCAUUUUGUGGAAACGUUAUAUAAACAAAUAUCAUAAUUAUUUACUUCCAUUUUUAAAGUCGAGGUUACAAAUGAUGUUUCUUAAUUUAUUCUCAGAGGAUAUGAUUUUGGUACCGAUUUUGGCACCGCGUGUGCACUAUUUUUAACCUCGUAACGCCGAAGCAUAAUUACGAUUUCGAAGUAAUAAACGACGGUGGUACCUUGAAAAGGACCAAAUUUUUGUAGUCGUAAAGGCCGAGCACUUCAAGUACAAAUUUUAAAGUGUUAGAGUUAUCCGAUCGGGUUCAAAUUAAGUGGAGACCUAUGUAUAGAUGAGUAGAAGACAUUUUUGAAAAAAUUACGUUUUUUUUUUAGUUCUUCCAGAAGGACUCCCGGUUUAAGUCACUACUUUUAGUAAAAUCUGAAAAAUAUUAUUAUUAUAAAGGGUUAUGUAUUUUUUCAUUAACAUACAUACCUAUUUGUACGUCAUAAAAUGUGUAUAUACUUACAUAUUUAAAUAUAAAAUAAGUAACGAGUUUUAGUUUUUAUGAUGUAGUUUGUGAUUAGUCCCUCUGGAAGUACAUUAGGUUUUUAUUAUUAGGAAAGAAAUUAAUUCAUGGUGUCAGUUUAGAUCAUCAUUAGAAGGAAAAAGGAAAUAAAAUGAAGACGGUAGUUUUUUUUAAUCAUAAGAUCACGUAAGCAAGUUAGUCUAUAUCGGUAUGAUUUAAUCACAUAUAACAAUUUAAAAAAGUAUUUGAAAAAUAUCCGGACAUGACACCUAAAGUCCCUUGCAAAGGACUAAAAAAGUUUGCUUUCAUAUUGCUAACGAUAUCGAUACGAAAUUGAUAAAAUAACUAUGUCAUGUUGUUGAUUAUUAUCUUGCCUGCGAUUUCUGAAAAUAAUGUGUAUGAAAAACUACGAAAUUCGAUUAUUAACUUGAUUUUUUUUUAUCUCGUCGCCGUGUGCGCACCAUAUUUACCAAUAAAAUGACAAAUUACGACAAGUGAUACAUAUUUCUUUUUUAUUAAAGCCACCUAUUCACGAAAUUGAAUGAACUAGUUCAUAGACAAAAUACUUUUUUUCUCAAUCGGCGCAAAGGUUUGAAUUAAAUUGACAGGCAAAGUUUUGGUACUUUUAAAAGUACCUUCGUUGAUUAUUAGAACAAACUAUUUCAAAACCUUCGGCCUUUAUGACUACAAUUAUUUGGUCCUUCUCAGAGGACCCCAGGGCUUACGAGGAUAUGGUUGUCUUACAAUUUCGUUAUGUCCAGUAAAAUUGCGGCAUUGAUCAUGUAAUUUAUUUUUUAUAAAGAUAUGAUUCUCGAAAUAAAACCAUAGUUUUAAACUGCACAA